AAAAAUAUGUUUAGAUCUAUUGCAACCCGCGUUGUGAGUACAGCCACCCGCACCCCUUGUCAAGCUCGUUUCUUGGCCUCUCAAAGCGGUUCUGCCACAUCUGCCAUUUCAUUCAAGAAACAUAUCCGUCAACGUCGUUAUGGACCUGUUCCUGUUGUGCCUCAACCCACUGUGGAGGACGCCGUCACCAACAUUCUUUACAACACGCCUCCACCCAGUCUUCAACCUGAAACUCGCCACAUCUUGAAUUGUCUUGUUCAAAACGAACCUGGUGUCCUCAGUCGUGUUUCCGGUUGUUUAGCUGCUCGUGGUUUUAAUAUCGAAUCAUUGGUUGUUGCCAAUACUGAAGUGGAGGAUCUUUCUCGUAUGACCAUUGUCUUUAAUGGUCGUAACGUUCAAAUCGAACAAGCAAGACGUCAAUUAGAAGAUUUGGUUCCUGUCUGGGCUGUUUUGGAUUAUACAAAGACAAAAUUGGUUGAGCGUGAGCUUUUAUUGAUCAAGGUGUCUAUCCUUGGUCCCGAACAUUUACACGAACAAUUACCUACUCACAAGUUGGAUUCUGAUGCCGAAUAUGAGGACGAAAUUAUCUCCCGCUAUGAAAGUAACUCUUAUGCUGCACCUGCUGAUACCCUUCGUGAGACUUUCUCUCACUUGCGUGCCUUGACAGAGCUCACCCGUCUCUUUGAUGGUAAGGUGGUUGAUGUCUCCUCUGACUCUGUCAUUAUCGAAUUAUGUGCCAAAUCCUCUAGAUUAUCUUCCUUCAUGAAACUCUGUAAGCCUUUUGGUAUUCUUGAGGCUUCAAGAACAGGUAUCAUGGCAAUGCCUAGAUCUCCUGUUCAUGAUCACUAUGAACCUCAAACUGAUCAUUCCUAUGAAGAUACUGAAGCUGUUGAUGCUUCUAUGCUUCCUCCCGGAUAAAUAGAUUAUAAAUCACUUGUCAUUUCUUUUUACAUAAUCCCUUUCUAUUUUUUUUUUCAAAGCAAAAAACCCAUACACAUACAUAAAAAAAAAAAAAAAAAAAUCC